CGAACAACACUCCUCCCUGCUGCCAAUCUUACCAUUCUUGUUCUUGCUCUUCUGCACCCCGCUCCUAGAUCGGGAUGGGGAAACCGAGGGCCUCCGGUGAUGUCAGGACCGGGGCGCUUGCUUCCGGCAGCGGAGGCGCGACGGCGCCGCUCCUCCCCCGGAAUGAUCGCACGGCGGAUGCCAAGGUCCAGGGAGGCUCCCUCUUUAUGGUCCUGCUCAGCACCGCGGUCGCCGUCUGCGGCGCCUUCGAGUUCGGCACCUGCGUUGGUUAUUCUGCACCCACUCAGUCAGGAAUAGAGCGCGAACUCGGACUAUCCAUGGCUGAGUUCGCAAUUUUUGGGUCUGUGUUGACUAUCGGGGCAAUGAUUGGCGCUGUUAGCAGCGGACGCUUAGCGGACUCUCUUGGACGUAAAAUGACCAUGCGGAUAGCAGCUACUAUUUGCGUUUUUGGUUGGCUUUCUAUACAUUUCGCUAAGGGUGCUAUUAUGCUCUAUUUUGGAAGAACCUUGCUGGGCUUUUGUACCGGUGUUCUUUCUUAUGUGGUGCCUGUGUUCAUAGCUGAAAUAGCGCCUAAGGAUCUCAGAGGUGGCCUUGCAACUUCAAACCAGUUGUUGAUCGUUUGUGGGAGUUCGACUACUUACAUAACAGGGGCGCUGGUUACAUGGCGCAAUUUGGUAUUAGUUGGUAUAGUGCCAUCUGUUCUCCUCUUAGUAGGUCUUCUCUUCAUUCCAGAGUCACCAAGAUGGCUGGCUCAGGUUGGAAGGGAGGAAGAAUUCCACACCGCAUUGCAGAUGCUGCGUGGAGAGAAUGCUGACAUAUCUGAAGAGGCCAUUGAGAUCAAAGAGUACAUUGAAUCCCUCCAAAGCCUCCCAAAGGCCAGGAUUCAGGACUUGUUUUUGAGCAGAAAUAUAUUUGCGGUCAUUGUGGGUGUUGGCUUGAUGAUCUUCCAGCAAUUGGGAGGGAUAAAUGGUGUAGGCUUUUAUGCAAGCUCUAUCUUUAGUUCUGCAGGAUUUUCUGGAAAACUUGGAACCAUAUUAAUUGGCAUUGUUCAGAUUCCCAUUACAUUGCUUGGCGCCUUUCUCAUGGAUAGGAGUGGAAGAAGGGUUCUUCUAAUGGUUUCCGCAUCUGGGACAUUCUUGGGCUGCUUUUUGACAGGAAUAUCGUUCUACCUAAAGGCGCACGGACUAUUCCUAGAAUGGGUUCCUGCAUUGGCUCUUUCCGGCAUCCUGGUAUAUAUAGGUGCAUACUCAAUUGGAAUGGGCCCUGUCCCUUGGGUUGUCAUGUCUGAGGUAAGGAAGAAUAAUAAUCAGAACUUGUUUUGGACUGAUAAAUCUGCAAUAGAAGUACGAAAGCAACUGCCCUUUAAUUUCUCCUGGAUUAAUUUCUUGCAGAUAUUCGCGAUUAACAUCAAAGCAAUCGGCGGAAGCUUGGUGACCCUCAUUAGCUGGCUUGGUUCCUUCGCGGUCUCUUACUCGUUUAACUUCCUCAUGGACUGGAGCUCAGCAGGGACGUUCUUCAUGUUCUCUGCGGCGAGCUUGGUCACUAUACUGUUCGUGGCAAGGCUAGUGCCUGAAACCAAAGGAAAAACACUCGAAGAGAUCCAGGACGCAUGGAAUUAAAGAAGAUAAGGAUUAACAGAAACGACCAGUGGCAGCACAUAUACAUUGACAUUUUCCCCACUCCCCCAUAACCCCAUGCUAGCCUCCCUGUCAUGCAUCGUGCUGUAGUCUACUCUCUAGGUUAAGGAUAUUCAGAUUGUAAAGCAAUAGAGCACUGUUCUGUUCUUGAGAAAAUCUUUACCUAUACAAACACAUUAGUUUUUGUUUUGUUAAAGGAAGGAGGCUUUCAUAGUUCUCCAUA